UUCACAAGCAGUGGAUAACGUGAGGCAGUUUUGGCUAUCCAAACGUUUAUAUAUAAAUACAUAUGUUUAUCCUCUCUCCCCCUCUUCGUUCUCUCGUUCGGUUACAGAGCUGAACAAAUUCUCUUGCAGGUUUUUCGUGAUUGCUAAUAGGUAGAAAGUUGUAUUAGCCGAGAAAAGAGUGGAAAAUCAAAGAGGAGAAGCCAUAAUUAGCUUUGCAAAUUCAAGAUGAAUAUUUUGAACCAGUCCAUCAUACCCCAUGGGCAGUCUGCAUUCCCCCCAAAGCCAAGCUCCAAAUCUCAAGAAAGUUUCCAGAAAGUUCAAGUGGCUCCGUUCUUAUUUGGAUCACAUUCCUUGAGGUCAUCCCAGUUAUCCCUGUCAAACAAAAUUUUUUUAAGCUCUACGAAUGAUAGCCCUCCACAAGAAUUCACGGCCUGCACGCGUACAGAGUCCGAUCCCUCCAUAAGUACUACUCUAUCUCAGUUACUUUAUAAUGUGGAAAGCAAUAUUACAGAGUCCGAUCCCUUGGCUCCAGGCUUGUUAGGUUCCCUCGUAGAUAAGGAGAAUUACGAAGCAAUAAAAGAUGAUGCGGAAGAACCUGGCUUCAUUUGCCUCAACCCAAAUGACACUCUGGUCUUGGCUGUUUUCUCCGCUGUUGAGCUUGAAUGCAAACAGAAGGAUCAGAUUGCUAGGAAAAUGAGGAGGUUAACAGGAUUCAGAAAUGUGAGGCUCGAAAGCUAUGUUGAUCCAUCCCUGAUUGCAGGGUUCGUUAUCUGCUAUGGAAAAGACAGAUCCCACAUCAUCGAUCUCAGUGUGAAAGGACAACUUGCUGAACUAGCAGCUCGGAUAGAGUCCAUUGAUCAUAUCGAGGAGUGAGGACCACUUUUGUAUAUAUAUAUAUAGUUAGCAGUUAAAUUGUUCAACCCUCAAAAGUUUAUUCUAUAGUAAUUUCUUGAUCAUUGGAGUUGUAAUUGGGUUGAACUCGGAUAGGAUCCAGCUACAUCUAAGUCCAACUGAAGUCUGAUCAAAUUCAAGGGCCUUGGUUUCAGAUUCAGAUUC